CUCUGGGGGACGGAGACGAGGUCGCCGUGGUACCACCGCUCAGCGGGGGAUAAGAGACGGUGAGAGGAGGACAAACAGGAAGUGAGGAGGACAAACAGGAAGUGAGGAGGACAAACAGGAAGUGAGGAGGACAAACAGGAAAUGGACCAAUCAGAGGACAAGAAGGAUGUCUUCAAGCUGAGCCGUGAUUGGCUGUCUGUACAGGAAGUGGUGGAUGCUGUCACCAGCCCAGCAUGUGGAGCGGUCUCACUCUUUAUAGGUACGACCCGGGAGGACCAGGUGGACGGCAGGAAGGUGAUUGGUCUAGAGUACGAGGCGUACGAGCCCAUGGCCCAAUCAGAGUUCAGGAAGCUGUGUGAUGAUGUCAGAGCGAGGUGGCCGAGUGUCAAACACGUCUGCGUCUACCACCGCCUCGGGUGGGUUGAGGUGGGCCAGGCCAGCAUCGUCAUGGCGAUCUCGUCUCCUCAUCGCCAUGACGGCCAGCAGGCGAUGCAGCACGCCAUGACUGAGCUGAAGGCAAAACUCCCCGUGUGGAAGAAGGAGGUGUACAACACUCAGGACUCGAGCUGGAAACAGAACGUGGAGUGUUCGUGGUCGUCUCACCGUCAACUUCCUGUGUCCUCAGAGAGCCGGCCGUCUGAUAAACAGGAAACGAAGUGAAGGUUAUCAAUAAACCAAUAAAUCAAUAAAAUCUGUGUUUGGA